CCCCAGCCAUGUCGUCGGGGCGCUGGAUGGCUGGACGGAUGCUGCGGGCUGGGGCUGCGGUGCGGGGGGUGCCUCCGCGCUUGGGGAUCGGCGUCCCCACUCUACGGGGCAAGCGGGGCUACGCUGCUGGGCAGGACAGCCUGAAGCGAACACCUCUUUAUGACUUUCACCGGCACCAUGGUGGAAAGAUGGUGGAUUUUGCUGGCUGGAGCCUACCUGUGCAGUACACUCGCAGCCACUUGGAGUCCCACCUGCACACGCGUCAGCAGUGCUCACUCUUUGAUGUGUCUCACAUGCUGCAGACUAAAGUGUUUGGCAGAGAGCGGGUGAAGUUCCUGGAGAGCCUGGUAGUUGGGGACAUUGCAGAACUGAAGCCAGAUCAGGGCACUCUGUCUCUAUUCACGAACGAAAAAGGAGGCAUCCUAGAUGACUUGAUUGCGACAAGCACUUCAGAGCAACACCUCUAUGUGGUCUCCAACGCAGGCUGCAGGGACAAAGAUUUAGCCCUCAUGCAGGACAAGGCAAAAGAAAUGAAAGCUGCUGGAUAUGAUGUCGAUGUAGAAGUUUCAGAGAAUGCUUUGCUUGCUCUGCAAGGUCCUGCCAUGGCCCGUGUGCUGCAGGCUGGGGUGUCAGACAGUCUGGCUAAGCUGCCCUUCAUGAGCAGUGCGGUGAUGGGUGUAUUUGGCGUGCAAGGCUGCAGGGUCACACGUUGCGGCUACACAGGCGAAGAUGGCGUAGAGAUCUCUGUCCCUGCAAGCCAAGCAGUAGAGCUGGCUGAGAACUUGCUCAAAGAUCCAACUGUGUGGCUGGCAGGACUUGCUGCUCGAGAUAGUUUGCGUCUGGAGGCAGGGCUCUGUCUCUAUGGGAAUGACAUUGAAGAGAGCACAACUCCUGUGGAGGCCAGUCUGACAUGGACCCUGGGGAAACGCCGACGUAUUGCCAUGGAUUUUCCUGGUGCGCAGAUCAUUGUGGCUCAAAUCAAAGAAAAGCCAAAGAGGAAACGUAUAGGACUGAUUUCCACAGGUCCUCCUAUCCGUCAACACAUGCCGGUCCUUGGCCCAGAAGGCAAAAUCAUUGGUGAGGUUACAAGUGGCUGUCCCUCACCCUGUCUGCAGAAGAACAUUGCCAUGGGCUACGUGGAGAGUGAACAUAGCAAACUGAAUACAGACCUCAUGGUAGAAGUGAGGAAGAAGAGCUGUCCAGCUCUAGUGACCAAGAUGCCCUUUGUACCCACCCACUACUACACAGUGAAAUGAGCUGCUGCUGCUGGCACAAACUGUUUUGUACUGUCAACCUGUGUAAAAAGUCAUUGGGACUUCCUUUAAGAAUGGUGGCUGCCAGAACCAAUCAGUACUUAAAAAGGAAGACCAGUUUAAUCUGCUGAAGAAAUUGCCUUAGCAGCUAAAAAGAGCAGCAUAGACUAGUCCCAGGAGAUGUGUGCCUUUAAACUAGUACUGACGUAGCAAUAACUUGAGCUGCCACAGUCCCUGCACAGAGCCUGCCUAGGUCUGUACUGGUUUCCAGUUUAAUCAAAAAUUAAACAGUACCCUUAA